UUGCUGUAUUCUUUGUAGAAUUGCCUACUUGAGAAAAAUGGAUUCCAAAACGUUGAGAAUAUUAAUUGCUGGUGAUGUGGGAGGCAAUUACGACAAGUUACUAAAGCGUGUAAACACGGUGAACAAAAAGGCUGGGCCGUUCGACAUGCUUGUGUGCGUAGGACGAUUUUUCGGUUCUGCAUCGCCUGGGGCUGAUCUUCGCGCUCUACGCUCGGGAAUACACAGUUUUCCAUUGUCGACCUACGUUCUUUCCCCGUCUGAGGAAUUCAAUAGCGGAUCGUCGGGCGAGGAAAUUUGCGCCAACUUGAUCAACCUGGGUAGCAUGGGCGUGUACAAAACUGGUGGUGGCCUGAAGAUAGCGUACUGUGGACGUGUUGCGAAUGAGUCUGAGGUGAAAGCCUUUAUUGGCAGCGUUCUUGAAACAGAGCGAGGAAUAGACAUUCUUCUCACCUGUCAUUGGCCCGAGAAUGUUAUGGAAUUUGCCUCCGAUCCGGAUAAAAUGAACCGUUUGGAUUCCCAGUUGUGCUCAAGGGUUGUGAGUUGCGUUGCUCGUGCCUUGAAACCGCGAUACCACUUCGCCGCCUUGCAGAACAUCUUCUUCGAGCGCCUUCCGUAUAGGAACCACCGAAUUUUGGCCGAAACUGAGACGAACGUAUCCCGGUUUUUCGGACUUGCCACUUGCGCCAGUUCCGAAAAAUGGCUAUACGCGUUCAACAUAGUUCCUAUGAUCUCAUGUGACCCCAAAACGCUUCGAGUCCAACCUCUCGACGUCACUGAAAAUCCCUUUCUAAACGAGAAGUAUUCCUGGGGAAAUCUCGCAAUGCGAGAAUCGAAAGCCGAAGUUUCGAAGCAAUAUUUCUACGAUUUCGGAGGGAGAGAUGGCAGUAGUAUAAACCGCAAAGGUCGAAAAAGCGAUAACAAGAGAUUGAACGAUUCCGAUUCGAGCACGCCGGUGAAGAGACAUGUACAAACCCCAUGUUGGUUUUGCCUCUCCAGUCCAGAAGUUGCCAAGCAUCUAGUCAUCACAGUGGGCGAAAAUAUUUAUUUGGCUUUGGCCAAAGGCGGUUUAGUUCCAGGCCACGUCAUCAUUCUUCCCAUUGAACAUUUUCGAGCUUUGUACGUGAGAGGAGAAAACGAAAAUCUGAUUGAGGAGGUGGAAACCAUGAAAGUCGCUCUGCUGAAAUAUUUCGCAUCUAUCAACAUGUCAUGCGUGUUCUUUGAAAGGAAUUACAAGUCCAACCAUUCACAGCUGCACGCUGUGCCUAUUCCACUCGAUAACAAAGAUGCCAACUGUGAAGAAAUCAUCACGCGGAUACAAGACUCUGGCGUGAGCAAUUUCAAAGUGUUGUCCAAGUUCGCAGACUUGAAGCAAAUCAUUGGUGAUGGUUCCUUCUAUUUGUUCAUCGAACUGCCUGAUGGACGGCGAGUUUUUGGUAAACUACCGCCAUUCGAACGUGGGGUAGAUGACAGUCACAUCCUGAUGCUCAUGAAUGGUGUUCUGGCUGAUAUAUUGGAUGUUCAGGAUCGACUAGAUUGGCGGAAGUGUACCGAAAGUGUAGAAGAAGAAACCGAGAAACGUGAUCGUUUCGUCACUGCGUUUGCGCCGUUUGAUCCAUUCGCAUAA